AUGGCGGGUUUCUUCGGCCUCCCUCGCGAGAUACGCGACAUGAUCUACCGACACUACGUGGCCGUCGAGGGCGGCUACCUCUGCGAUACCGAGGGCUUCGUGAAGGGCAGGCUGAGGCGAGCCGACGGCGGACAGGUCGACAUGGCUCUCAUCUUCACCUGCAGGCAGGUCGCCAAGGAGAUGCACGGCCUAGCCCUGCGCAAGAACUCCAUCACGUUUUCGACGCUCUCCGGCGACGACUAUCUUCGGCUGCUCGCUCAAACAUUCGACUACCUGAGCAAAUCCCUCGACAGUCACAGGUGGGCCAUGUUCCUGGGCAUGUUGGGGGAACACAUGACCCAAGAAGCCCGCAACUAA